CUUCGGGUUCAGCCCCUUCCCCGCUCCUUUCAGCUCACCGUCUUCUCCGUCGCUCUCCGCUCCGCUCCGCGUAGCUUCGCUCGCCGCUGCCGCAGAAGGCCGGCAGGGACUACUGAAAUUCAUCUUUAUUCUGCUGUAUACGAUAGCAUAACAAAUAAUGAUACAUGUCUGACAGGUCGUUAUUGGCUGGUUCUCUACAAGGCAACACCUCUGAUUAUGGAAUGGUUAAAAGGGGGCAUAGUUCAUAUGAUAAGCUGGAUGAACCUAAUUGUUUUGGUUCUAGAUGGUAUUUUUCUCGCAAGGAAAUUGAAGAAAAUUCUCCAUCCAGAAGAGAUGGAAUUGAAUUGAAGAAAGAGAAAAAUCUUCGGAAUUCAUACUGCAGUUUCUUGCAGGAUUUGGGCAUGAGGCUUAAGUUGCCUCAAGUGACAAUAGCUACUGCUAUUGUGUUUUGUCAUCGCUUUUUCCUUCGCCAAUCCCAUGCAAAGAAUGACAGAAGGAUAAUUGCAAUUGCUUGCUUGUUCCUUGCUGGAAAGGUUGAAGAUACUUCUCGCCCACUAAAGGAUGUCAUUCUUGUUUCAUGUGAAAUUAUAUACAAAAAGGAACCUUCAGCUGUCCAGAAGAUCAAACAGAAGGAAGUAUAUGAACAGCAAAAGGAACUCAUUGUACUAGGGGAACGGGUUGUACUUGCUACACUGGGUUUUGACCUGAAUGUGCUCCAUCCUUAUAAACCCCUAGUUGAAGCAAUAAAAAAGUUCAAGGUUUCCACACAGAAUUCUCUUGCACAAGCGGCAUGGAACUUUGUGAAUGAUGGGCUGCGAACAUCGCUUUGCUUGCAGUAUAAGCCCCAUCAUAUAGCAGCUGGUGCUGUAUGUCUUGCUGCUAAGUUUCUUAAAGUGAAGCUGCCAUCUGAUGUUGAAAAGGGUUGGUGGCAAGAAUUUGAUGUCACCCCUCGGCAGUUGGAAGAUGUUAGCAACCAAAUGUUGGAGCUUUAUGAGCAAAACCGAUCAGGUCAAUCUUCUCAUUCUACUGAAGUAGAAGGAAACAUUGGUGGUAGUAAUAACGAGCCUAUUGUUACAACUUCAAGUGUUGGUAGGAGUUCAGUGUCAACAAAUGGGCAUGCUCAGGAUGCUGUGUUGACUAAUGUCGAGCAAGGUGGACAAACUCCAGGUCCUGCUUGGUCAUUUGGUUCACAGUCAUAUGCUGACAGUAAUCAUAUAGAUAAUCAUUGCAAACAAGGACAAGGUGAUGGAAAGGAGAGUGCUGGGUGUAAGAGUGAGAUUUGGGACCAUAAUAUGGGCGCUGAAGGCAAUGAUUGUUCAAGUAAUGAAUUUGAUAAGAGUUCAGACUGCAGGGAAAAUACUCUAGAAACUUCAUGUUGCUCUAAGCCUGAUCUACCACUGGGGAGUGCGGUGGUCAAUGAACGAGAUAAGGUGAAGGUGGAUAAGGAACUGAUGGAUGCAGGUUCAUCUACCAAAUCAUUGAGCAUCAGCAGGCAGAUCUCCGACUUUGGUGAAACUGCAAAAAUCUUCUUCCCACCAGAUUCCAUCAACAGAUGCAAAACUAAAGCUGCCUUAGAGAAGCAGCGGAGGCUUCAGAACAAUGGGGGACAGAAAAGAAAAUCAAUGGAUGAGCAUGAUGAUCUCAUAACAAGGGAUGGUUGUGAACUUCCUUGUAAGCUGGCUAGCCAGAGAGCUAUGGUUACAGGAAGAGAGCUAGAGUAUAUGCAGCAGUGUCACAAUCGUCACCAGUCAUGUGAUACAACAGGAUCCAGAGGCAACAGGUUGGAGAAGUUGCAUAACAAGCCAUAGAAGAGAGGAAGAGAAGUCAGUCACAACACUAGUUACUUUGGUAUGUGGGGAUUCUCACGUGCAUUUUAAUAAAAUCUACUGUGCAGCAUUAUACUUACUUGUUGGAUCUUUACAAUGUUCUCUGGGCUCUUAGUAAUUACGUCGAGCUGAUGUGCAAAUUGGAUCCACAUACACGCUUUUGAACGGUUGCAAAUUUCAUGACAGAGAUAUUCACUGGUGUGCUGCGUGCAUUUAGCAACAUUUACUUUACAUGAAAGUUCAUGUUGACCGUUGGGGGGUUCGUCUUCUCUUCGGGAUUUGUAGAGUACAACAGAAAUAUAUUGCAGAAAUGGGUUAUACAAUUACGAGAGGAACCUAAAAAGAAACACAUGCAUUAAUAUGUGAGAACAUAUUAAAAUAUUCUUGCUCGAACUCCCGGUUUGUUCUUGUCCGGAGCCGGCUGGUUUCUAUGAGCUUUUCGCCAUCCACCAAAGUGCUUCAGACCAUCUUUCGGAGCACCUGACACAAACAUAUAGCACCACAACAGGCAACAAACAGAACGAUUUAUUCUAGGCUAAGACCAUCCACUACACACGCAAGGCCACGAUAUAUAGUUCAAAUACUAAAUUAUUUAGAUCUCAAAAUCCAUGCAUAGCAGAAGACGAUACAGAAAACAAGACUACCAGACUCACAAAAAUCCUUGGGAAAGAGCAGACAUACGACAAUUGUCUCAAGUUUUAACGUAGAACAAUAAUAAAAUAGAAGCCAACCAUCAACCCCGCCACCGCCUGUCGAGCACCCAGUUCUGCUUCCAGACACCACCAGAUACCAUACCUGAGAGCUCGUCAACACGUCGGCACGGAGACAUGACAACAAGACUAUUAAUGACUCCAGACACGAAUGAUCCCCAAUCCUCAUUUCAUUUCUUCUUCUGAGCUGCUUUGGUAACCUUAGCGCCAGAGGGAUCCUUCUUCUCCACGCUCUUGAUGACACCCACAGCAACAGUCUGCCUCAUGUCUCUCACAGCAAACCUACCUAGUGGAGGGUAGCCAGAGAAGGUUUCCACCACCAUAGGCUUCGUAGGAAUCAUCUUCACAAAACCUGCAUCACCAUUCUUAAGGAACUUGGGCUCCUUCUCCAGCUCCUUGCCAGAUCGCCUAUCAAUCUUGGUUAACAACUCAGCGAAUUUGACUGCAAUGUGAGAGGUGUGGCAAUCCAAGACAGGAGCAUAACCAUUCCCAAUUUGGCCAGGGUGGUUCAUGAUGAUAACUUGAGAGGUGAAGUUAGCAGCCUCCUUCGCUGGGUCAUCCUUGGAGUUUGAGGCAACAAAACCACGUUUCAAAUCCUUCACAGCAACAUUCUUUACGUUGAAGCCAACAUUGUCACCAGGUAAAGCCUCCUGGAGUGCCUCAUGGUGCAUCUCCACGGAUUUGACUUCUGUAGUGAGUCCUGUAGGACCAAAGGUGACAACCAUACCAGGUUUCAGUACUCCAGUUUCAACACGACCAACAGGAACAGUUCCAAUGCCUCCAAUCUUGUAAACAUCCUGAAGAGGAAGGCGAAGAGGCUUGUCCGUUGGACGCUUGGGCUCAUUAAUCAAGUCAAGGGCUUCAAGGAGUGUCGGGCCCUUGUACCAGUCAAGGUUGGUGGAUCUCUCAAUCAUGUUAUCACCUUCAAAACCAGAAAUGGGCACAAAAGGAAUCUUAUCAGGGUUGUAGCCGACUUUCUUCAAGUAGGACGAGACCUC